CAUGUCGAGCUACAGCAAAGCCGCGCAGCAAUGGGCCACAUUUGCUCGAGCUUGGUAUCUUUUGGAUGCAAAGAUGCAGCCACCAGGAAAAAUUGCAGAAAUGGCCAUGCUCAGACUUCAAGGGAAACAUAAGCCUGUGUACCACGCUCUAAGUGACGUUGGAGAUCAUGUUGUCAUAAUAAAUACAAGGCAUAUUGCUUUUUCUGGCAAUAAAUGGGAACAGAAGGUGUACUCAUCACAUACUGGAUACCCCGGCGGCUUCAAACAAGUAACAGCAGCUCAGCUUCAUACAAAGGAUCCAACAGCAAUUGUAAAACUGGCUACCUACGGAAUGCUGCCAAAAAACCUCCACAGAAGAACCAUGAUGCAAAGACUGCAUCUCUUUGCAGAUGAUGUUAUUCCUGAAGAAAUGCGUAAGAAUUUGGUAGAGCAGCUUCCGCAGCCCCGCAAAGUGCCCAAGAGGUUAGAUGAAUACACGCAAGAAGAAAUUGAUGCUUUCCCAAGGCUCUGGACUCCGUAA